AGAGAGAGAGAGAGAGAGGGUGCAGCCCACAUAGAUAAAUGAAGAGGGGUGUGGGAGAGUGGACCACAGAAGCUUGAGUGAUUGCGAUCUUCUCCCCGGGAAUUAUUAAUGUUUUACAGAUAGAUUGAUGGACAGUGAUAGGGAAAAGAGGUAUAUAGAAAGAGAUAGACAAUCUGAGACACCCAUCUUCGAUCAUUAAUUUCCAACCACGUACCUACACUACACUCACACCUACAUUCCCAUCUCUAUGAUGAUUAUUACAUCCCUUGCAACAUCCUACUACCUACUCUUUCUCUUGGUGAUCUGCAUAAUUUAAUUAAUACUCCUCGUACGUUAAUUUAUAUAUCUCUCCUUGUUCCACGCACACAUUUCUUAAUUUCUUGUCCGGAAGGAGGGUACAUAUAUAGAAGAGUUUGUUUACAAUCUUGAUUUGAUCAUCCUGCUUCGUGGAUUCAGUUUAGGAAUGGGUUUGAGUAGUAAACAGGUUUCCGGCGAUCAAGGGCUUGACUGGGGACGAACUUUGCUGCAGUCAGGUACCGCGGAGCUGUCAAAAUCGCCGUCUAUAAGGCGGCAACAGCCACUCCACCAGUCGUCGGAGCCCUUGAAGUGUCCGAGGUGUGCUUCAACCAAUACAAAGUUUUGUUACUACAACAAUUAUAACAAAUCUCAGCCUCGCCAUUUCUGCAAAUCUUGCAAGAGGCACUGGACUAAGGGUGGCACUCUCCGAAAUGUUCCCGUCGGCGGUGGCCGCAAAAACAAGCGUCCCAAGAUUAUUUCAAAAGUGGCAACCACCACUUCCGCCACCACAGUCCCACUCCCCACCACCACGCUCCAGCAAGAAUUCCCCAACUUUCUCUCUACUGGUGAUCAGAAAAGAAUCCCUGAGAUUGUUUACCAGGCCUUGAUUCGCUCUUCGUCUCCCUUAUUGCAUGAAACGACAGACGGCAUGAGUAUUAGCAUCCCCGAGAAGCUUUUCAUGGGGAGCAAUGGCACAAACACGAUCAGUUCUACAGGUUUGAAUGUAUCAGCGCCUCAGAAUUCAAACACAGAAUUUCAAUUCUCAAGUUUAAGCACUUUUGAUAUGAAUGCUUCUUUGAUUCCAACAUCUUAUCAAUCCUUAAAUUAUACAUAUGAUCAUAACUACGGUGGGAAUCUUGAUUCCCUGGAGGAAUCAUCUAUCACCACUGUCAAUAUUCCGAGUACUAGCAGUGUGCCGUGGCCUGGCCCGGAUAGCAUGAGCCCUAUGGACUUGCCAAACUGCUGGAACUGGAAUGAGAUCGAUGCGUUAACUUCAGCCGACCUGAAUAUAUCAUGGGAUGAUGAUGUUGCGGAGACCAAACCCUAGACAAGAUUGAAGGAUCUUGAUUGAAUACUGCAUGAUCGCAGCUAAAUGAAGAAGACUAUGUGAGUUAUAAGUUUCUGAAGGAUUUGAGUUCGAUCAUUUAGUCCAAGGAGGGCUUGCCCUAACCUUAACCAUGUCAUGAGUUCCAUUUGUACAGUUGUGGCUGUCAAAUGUGUAACUAUGAUAGUUAGUUACAUGCCAUAGUUUGAAGCUGUCCUUUUUAGUAUCAGUUUCAGGCUAGUGGACAUACGUAGUACGUCCAAUUUGUGGUGUUUGUGUUUUCCUCUGUUGGAGAAAGGAUUCAUCCAUGUGAAAGUUGGAUUGGAUUGUUGGAUUAGGAGGUGGAUUUUGA